CCGGGCUGUAGAGCGGUUUUUGUGGAGUCUCGGCCGGGCGUGCGGCCCGGAGCGGUGGCGGGUCCUGGAUCCCGGAACCCGGCUCACCGCACCCUCUUCCCGCAGCCCCGCCGGCCCCACCAUGGUCUCCAAGUCCGACCAGCUGCUCGUCGUCGUGUCCAUCCUGGAAGGUCGCCAUUUCCCUAAACGUCCAAAGCACAUGCUUAUAGUAGAAGCAAAGUUCGAUGGAGAACAGUUGGCUACUGAUCCCGUGGACCAUACUAACCAGCCAGAAUUUGCGACCGAGUUAGCCUGGGAAAUUGAUAGGAAAGCACUGCAUCAGCACAGACUACAGCGUACUCCUAUCAAACUCCAGUGUUUUGCCUUGGAUCCUGUAUCUUCAGCCAAGGAAACUGUAGGUUAUAUUGUUCUGGACUUGAGAACUGCCCAAGAAACAAAGCAGGCACCAAAGUGGCACCAGUUGCUGAGUAAUAAAUACACCAAGUUCAAGUCUGAGAUACAAAUAAGCAUCACUUUGGAAACAGAUACAAAGGCACCAGUGGAUAGUUUUAAAGCGAAGGGAGCCCCACCUCGAGAUGGAAAAGUGCCUGCCAGCCUUCCUGGACUUGACCCAAAGGACCUUGUAGCAGUGCUGAAUGAGGAAGGAGGCUACCAUCAGAUUGGACCAGCAGAGUAUUGUACUGAUGCCUUCAUUAUGUCAGUGACCAUAGCGUUUGCCACCCAGUUGGAGCAGUUAAUUCCGUGUACCAUGAAACUUCCAGAAAGACAGCCUGAGUUUUUCUUUUACUAUUCUUUACUGGGAAAUGAUGUUACAAAUGAACCCUUCAAUGAUUUAAUCAACCCAAACUUUGAGCCAGAGAGAGCAUCUGUUCGCAUACGUAGCAGUGUAGAAAUUCUUCGUGUAUACCUGGCUCUUCAGCCUAAACUACAGAUCCAUCUGUGCUGUGGAGACCAGUCACUUGGAAGUACAGAAAUACCAUUACAUGGACUACUGAAAAGGGGCAGUACAGAAAUCAACCAGCACCCGGUCACAGUUGAGGGUGCUUUUAUCCUUGACCCUCCAAACCGAGCCAAACAAAAGCUUGCACCUGUUCCUCUAGAGCUGGCCCCAACUGUGGGAGUGUCUGUGGCUCUGCAGAGAGAAGGCAUCAACUGCCAGUCUUUAGUUGAAUUAAAGACCCAGAAUGGACAUGAGCCAGAGCUUUCAAAGAAGAGAGUUUUAUCUCCCGUAAAAGAGAAGACGCUUACUGGUCCCAAAUCACCGAGCAUAUCCCCAGCUGCACCUCCCAACCAGACACCACCAGCCAAAGACGAUGCCACAGAAAGUGAGGUAGAAAGCUUGCAGUAUGAUAAAGAUUUAAAAACACAUGUAAAGGGCACUAGUUCUUCUGUACCUGCUUCACUGGCCCAGCCGGUUGCUGCGUCCAAAGCUUCAGAAACAGCUUCAGCACAGAAGAUUGCUGUUCCUGCAACAUCGCAUCACUUUUGCUUUUCAAUAGAUUUAAGGAGUAUCCAUGGCUUGGAGCUUAGUUUUCCGGUUAACUGUAUAUUAAGGUAUUCAUAUCCAUUUUUUGGAAGUGCAGCUCCUAUUAUGACUAAUCCUCCUGUGGAAGUUCGGAAAAACAUGGAAGUUUUUCUCCCCCAGUCUUAUUGUGCAUUUGAUUUUGCAACUCUGCCUCAUCAGCUGCAAGAUACCUUCUUAAGGAUUCCUUUGCUGGUUGAAUUAUGGCAUAAGGACAAAAUGAGUAAAGAUUUACUCCUGGGGAUCUCAAGAAUCCAGCUUUCUAACAUCUUGUCUUCAGAAAAAACUCGCUUUUUAGGCUCUAAUGGUGAACAGUGUUGGCGUCAGACUUACAGUGAGAGUGUGCCUGUUAUAGCAGCACAAGGGUCAAAUAACAGGAUAGUAGAUCUUUCUUAUACUGUGACUCUAGAAGAUUAUGGACUAGUAAAAAUGCGUGAGAUUUUUGUCUCUGAUUCAUCUCAGGGUUUACCUGCUGUGCAGCAGAAGCCAUCAUCUCUUCCUCCGGCUCCUUGUCCUUCGGAGAUCCAAACAGAGCCUCGUGAAACACUAGAGUACAAAGCAGCACUUGAGCUGGAAAUGUGGAAGGAAAUGCAAGAAGACAUUUUUGAAAAUCAGUUAAAGCAGAAAGAACUGGCUCAUAUGCAAGCUCUGGCAGAGGAAUGGAAAAAAAGGGACCGAGAAAGAGAAUCACUAGUAAAGAAAAAGGUGGCUGAAUAUAACAUUCUGGAAGGAAAACUCCAAAAAACUUUAAUUGACUUAGAGAAACGAGAGCAGCAGCUUGCCAGUACAGAAUCAGAGCUUCAAAGAGAGAAAAAGGAAUUGCAAUCAGAACGUGAACAGAACCUGAAGGAGCUUCAGGACUCUGUCCGUCGGGUCAGAGAAGACUGUGUUCACCAAGUAGAGCUGGAAAGAUUAAAAAUCAGGCAGCUGGAAGAAGAUAAACACCGACUUCAGAAGCAGCUUCUUGAUGCUGAAAAUAAGAAUAAGACUUUGGAAAAAGAGUUCCAACAGUUCAAGGAUCAGCAGAGCAACAAACCAGAAAUCCGUCUACAAUCGGAAAUAAAUCUUCUCACCUUGGAAAAGGUUGAACUUGAAAGAAAGUUGGAAUCUGCAACUAAGUCUAAACUGCAUUACAAGCAGCAAUGGGGACGCGCUCUGAAGGAACUUGCCAGACUUAAACAGAGAGAACAAGAAAGUCAAAUGGCUCGUCUUAAAAAGCAGCAAGAGGAAUUGGAACAGAUGAGACUGCGUUACCUAGCUGCUGAGGAAAAAGAUACAGUAAAAACUGAGCAACAAGAAUUGUUGGAUAUAAGAAAUGAAUUGAACAGGUUAAGGCAACAGGAACAGAAACAGUACCAGGAUUCCAGAGAAAUUGCCAGUGGGAAAAUGGAUGGCCUGCGUGGCUCUGCAUUGGAAGAAGGGUUGGAUGAUUAUUUGACUCGCCUGAUAGAGGAAAGGGAUACUUUGAUGAGAACGGGUGUAUAUAAUCAUGAAGAUCAAAUAAUAAGUGAACUCAACCGACAGAUCAGGGAGGUUUUGGCUAAAAACAAUGCCAGUAAUUAAUAAUAUUUGGAAAAUCUUUACAGAGACUUCAGGUUUAAAUUUUUAAUUUUAUUGUAAAACUCAAAAAUGAAGAAAAAUGGGUAUUUUAAAUGCUAUUUUCAAUUUUUUAUAAGCAGAAUUUUGUAUUUCCCUGUAUAGUAUUUAUUUGAUUUUAUUUACUUUAUGCUACCUCUCCAGUGCUGGUUUUAUUCAUAAUUACAUUUUAUAUACUCCUUUUAAAAUUUCAGUGUUUCAGUUUGUAAUCUGAUGGCUAACUUUCGAAACAGCUUUUCACUAAGUUUGGUCUGGGAGAAAUGACAACAGUAAUUUCCAGUUAUACAGUUUUUCAUGUUGAGCCAAAAGAGUAUAUGUCGCACUUUAAUAAUAUUGUGUCUUGUUCCUUUUGAGUGUAAAUAUUAUAAAAGUUGAAACCAAUUAUACAUGUAGCUCAUUUAUGUAACUCAUGUUAGAUGACUUUUUUUCCCCUUAAUUUUUAAUAAUUUUCAAGUGACACGUUUGAAAAACAAAGUAGUAUCAAUACAGAGAAGCCAUAUGACAUAUUGGGUGACAAAUUAAUCAUUUGUUUAAAGUUAGCAUAUAUUAAACUUGUUUUAAGAACUAUUGAAUUUUCAAUUUUUCAAUAUAUUCUUGAUUUCUAAAAGCAUGAUUUAUUUACUUAAUGCUGUUUUUUUCCAUUAGCCUCCUGCUUAACACUGAAUUGUCUUUUGUUAAAAUUAGCGAUUUCUUUUUAUUUUCCGGUGAUAGAAAAACUAGCUGCUAAGCCCUCUGCAAUACUAUAUGGAAACUGACAAAAAAGAUUUAGCUGGGAAAAAAAGAAUGAAACAACUAUUUUUUACUCUAAUUUUAAUCAGCCUUUUUCAGAAGUACAUGAGAUUAAUAAGUCCUUGGGUUUAUGCAGUACCGUGUCUGUAUAAACUUGAAGCAUUCCUUUACAUCAUAUUCCUCAAAGCCAACAUUUGUCCUCAGCACAUUUGUCUACACACACACACACACACACACCCUUUAUGUAGUACUGAAAAAGAUUAUUACCAAAUUCACAAGCUUGGGUCUUAAAAUAGAUACAGUUUAAAAAUCUCAUUCCCAAAUGUAAGUAUAUACUUUAGGAAGUAUAUACUAAUUAUUAAUAAAGCAGAAUAAGUUACUUAGUAACAUUAAAUUAAUGUUCUGUUAUUUUUCAACAAAGUAUAUCUUGUUUGGGAAAUUAAAGUCCCUAUUUACAUUAUAUAUUUUUUCCUUUAUUAACAAAGUAUUAAUCCUCUUUAAAAAAAAACAGCAGUAAAUAACAGAGAAAGUAGUUACUGAAGGAGUAAUGAAUCAGUUAAUCAUAGCAGGAAUUUGAAAUAUUUAUUAAUUAUGGUUAUUUUCUCAUCCAUUUUUAUGCCACACAAAUGGAACAAAAGUAUUCUUUCUGAUUUGGAAGGUCUCCAUUCUGACAACCUUCAUUUGCAUUGUGUGAUGCCUGUAACUUUUCAAACACUAGAGGGGGCCUUAGAUUUAAAGAAAUAAGAACUUCUCAAAAGUGUAUGUGUGGUUUAUUUUGCCUUCUGUAAAUCAGUCUUUUGGCUAAUGCAAUUUAACAAAUAAAAUAAUUGUGUGUAUCUUUGA